AUGGACCUGCCCCGUUUCGUCCUGAACCACGGGACAUAUGAUGAGAACAAACCAAUUCUCAUCGAUGCCACCGCCCCUGAGCGGGUCAUCACCAAGGCUCAGGCCAAGGAGAUGGUAGAAAAGACGGCACGGGGUCUGCAAGCAGUGGGCCUCGAGCGCGGAGACACGGUGUGUGUCGUUCAUUUGAACGACAUCAUGUACCCCGUGGUCUUCCUGGCCAUUAUCAUGGCAGGCGGUGUGUUUUCGGGGGUCAACCCCAUGUACAAGGUGGGUGAGCUUCGCCACCACUUCGAGGUCUCGGAGGCCAAAUUCGUCCUCUCCGGUCCCGCUUCCCUCGCCGCGGUCUUCGAGGCCUCGGAGGGACUACUCGAUGCUGGCAACAUCAUCGUCUGGGGUGAAGGAGAGGCCGGUGCUUCGACUGGUGCCCGGCAUUCGCUCGCCAGUCUCAUGGCUGGCCCUGCCGGUGCAUCUGUCGUCGACCCGGUCAUCUUCGAUGACGAGACCCUCGCCAAGAACACCGUCGCCGUCCUCAUGUCGACCAGUGGCACCACCGGCCUGCCGAAGAUGGCCGCCAGGUCGCACUCGAGCCUCGUGACAGAGAAUCUGGCUUUGCAAGAAAAGAGCACCAAGAACUACCAUGUCGUUCGUCUCCUCUUUACCCCGUUCUUUCACGGCUUCACCGCCCCUCUCGCCCUUGUCGACGCUCUCGUUUCUGGCCACACCACUUACAUCAUGCCUCGGUUCAAUCUCGAAGCCUGCGUCGAGUAUGUCGAGCGAUACGAAGUGACUGAGAUGGCUGCCCCACCACCCGUCCUUUUGGCAUUCUGGGGAAUGACCGAGCAUGAACGCAAAGCACUCCAUUUGAUCCGUACUGUUUGGAGUGGAGGUGCUCCGAUGUCAGCUGCUCACCAGAAGAAAGCCUUGGGGAUGUUUCACAAAUACUCACGCAUCGUCCAAGUCUACGGAAUGACUGAAGCUGGUUGGAUCACGACUUUCAGGUAUCCUGAGCUUGAUGAGACGGGUUCCGUGGGCAGCCUUCUUCCAUCGUAUGAAGCAAAGAUCAUCAGAGCUGACGGUAGUGAUGGUCGUACUGGCCAACAAGGCAUGCUCCAUGUGAAGGGUCCUAUCAACAUGCUUGGUUACUAUAACAAUCCCUCGGCGACCAGCGAUACCCUUCAAGAUGGCUGGCUGUCAACUGGCGACAUCGGUUACUUCUCGCACGACCAAAAGCUCUACCUCACAGACCGCCAAAAGGACAUAAUCAAGUUCCGUGGUUGGCAAAUCUCUCCCACAGAAAUCGAAGCCUGUCUCCUCACAAAUGACCUUGUCGCUGAUGUCGGUGUUUUUGGCCACAUUCUCUCCGAAAUCCAGGAAGAAGUGCCCGUUGCGCAUAUUGUUUUGAAGGCUGGCAUGCCCGAGUAUGCCGCUCAGUUCGCCAUUAUGCAAGAAUUGCGCGAUCACUGCUACAAAAGGCUCACCAAAUACAAGGUUAUCGCUCUCGAGAUGCGCUUCAAGACCAACAUUCCCAAGAAUCCUGCUGGAAAGAUUCUGAGAAGAGAGAUGCAUCCUGAAGAGGUCUUUUGGAGAUGGAUAAAGAGCUGGCUUAACCAUUGUAAAGAGCAGAAUGCAGGUCCACCAGAGGAGAUGGAGGUCACUUGGGAGGAAGCUGAAAAUGACGAUACCCAAGACGAUGAAGCUAAGAGAGUCGAAGAGGAGGAGAACAAUCGCCUGGAUGAGGAGCAUGAGGUCAUGGUGCAGAUGAUCGCCCGCCUGGACAUUUGA